UCGCCGGCAGGCUAUCUUGCCGUCUUUUGUCUAGUUGACUCUUUUGCGGUCUCCACCGCUGAUUCACUCUGUUCACUCAUACAAACCUUGUGCGAGGCAAUGGAUCUAUAUGGUCUUACCACGGACUUUCAGUCGAUCUUUAAGCAUGUAAAGGCUGAGGUCGAACGAAGGUCAACUAAGACAGGCUCAAAUUGCAGCACUAUGUCCCGGAAUGAAUGGCAAAACACACGCGAAUUUAAAACACGUGCAACAAACACAACCAGUGGUACCACCCUGUUCGUUGUCGACCAUAUGAUCGGAACUUAGUGGCAGGGCUCCCUGUUUGUUUACCUUUUUGCCGGCACGCCACUGUAGUCUGGCAACGCUAAAUGGGUGUUUUGCUUGGUGCUUGUUGUUGUGGCUUAUGUUUACAUUUAAGCGACAGUGUUCACUCAAUAGAGCGAACCGAAGGAUACGGUGUUAACAGAAUAUUAUUAUCAAACAUUUUAAAAAUAACAGUGGAUUUAAAUCAAGUCAAGAUUUUUAUUUAUUUUUAUCUAUUAUUAUCUUAUACAUAUGUAUAUUUAUUUUUAUUUAUUUUAGUUAAAUAUAUUUAUUGGACUUAUAGUUAGGGACCAAUUUGAUUUCUUUAAGAAUAGUCGGAAUUUUUUUUAUUGUAUCAUCUAAGCAUCUUAAAUCUUUUGUUUUUGAUAAUUCAUGAAAUAUAAAUGGAGUCUCAUUUGGCGUUGCCAUAUGCCCAAGGCAACUGUUCGUUUUCCUAGCGCGAGCCAAAGUUUAACAUCCGUCUUUCCCAGAAAAUCUUACCAGAAUCGUUUUUAAGAUGAAUUCUAAUUACAAAAUAUUGAACAUCCAGGCUCACUCCUGGGUGGAUAAGCCCAAGAUGGUAUUUCCAACUAUUACCAAGCCCGUUUCGAUUGGCUGUUUCGUCUGGUCGCCAAACGGGGAAUUUGAACCGAAUUCUCAAAAAGUGCCCUGUGUAGUGGUACCGCCAACCAUCAAAUUUCCCAUUUCUCUACGGUACGAAGAUUCAUCGCCGAAGCUGGAAAAGAAGCCCAAAAUUUUUCUGGACAAUAUGCUCCAGUUUAUAGAAUCUUCGUCGCACAUGUACGUUAUGGCAGGAAACAACCGGCAGGCACGGCUAAAUGCCAAUAUAGUGUGCACCAGCGAAGUUCUGGAGCUGAUGAUGUGUGCUCCCUACGAAAAGAAGACUGGAUGGUCUCUGGGUGUUACCCGGUAUCGCAACACAAUGUACAUCUGCCGCAUUGAUGUCGAACGACCCGACCCCUUUACUGAAGACAAUCUGAAGAGGGUCAUGCAUGAAUUAUGGCUUAGGAAGCUUCGAACCCAUUGUGUAUUUGAGAACGGCAUUGUGAUGCACCAUCAAUAUUCUGAAGAACAUUUACGCUUUCAUGGUGUCUUUUCCUUUAAUUUGAAUGGUGUCCGAGUGCUAUUUGAUUCGCCAGUACUAGCCGAGAUGCCAAGCACAACAUUGAAUGGGUCUGCUCCAAGCUGGGUGGACCUGCAGAUACGCCCUAUGUGCAUGAGUCGACUGGAUUGGUCAGUGCACAAUCGCACAGAGGCCCUUAAGUGGUGGGUCAAGUGUUUUCUGCUGGGAAUCGACAGCCUCUAUAUAGCCCACCGCGAUGAAAACGCCCAUGUGCACAACAUUGAAAAGACUUUGGUGGGGGAUUUAUGGAAGUCUUGCGAAAAAGAUUGGUCGACCACAGUGUGCGCCAACUUCAUGGUUCACCUACUCACUUGUAUUUCCCAAGUUAUGGCGCCGAUCGACUGUCCCAGCACCGUAUACCUAUUUCAGUUCGACGCGCGCCAAGGAACAAUAUCAUACGAGAGCUUGCGAGGGCGCAGUCAGUACACGUUCGUUUCGGACUGGUUCCGGAUGAUGCUGGACGAUCACACAACCGAUAUGUGGAUGACACCGAAUUUGGAAACCAUGUCUUCCACAGUUUACCAAAAACAAUGAGCAAUUACAAAGAAAUGUGAAUACCUUAAUAACAGAACA